AUGAAGGCCUCAAUUCUCGCCCUCCUCGGGGGCGCCUCCGCUGCUCUCGCUGCCGUCCGCGGGUUCAACUACGCUUCCCAAUCUCAGACCUACGAUACCUUUUCGAGCCAAUUCAAGAUCGCCGCCAGCCUGACUGGAGCCAACGACUUCACCAGCGCAAGAUUAUACACUAUGAUCCAAGACGGUACAACGUCCACCCCCAUUACUGCCAUCCAGGCUGCUAUUGAUACCAAGACCACCCUUCUCCUCGGUCUGUGGGCGUCCGCGGACCAGGCUACGUUCGAAAACGAGAUUACCGCCCUGAAGUCCGCCAUCCAGCAGUAUGGAUCUGACUUCGCCGACUUGGUGGUGGGUAUCUCGGUUGGUAGCGAGGACCUCUACCGAAUCUCUCCCAUCGGCAUUGCAGCCGGUAGCGGUGCUGGUCAGACUCCUGAUGUCCUCGUCAACUAUAUCGGACUGGUUCGGGACGCAAUCAAGGGCACAUCGCUCGCAACCAAGCCUGUCGGCCACGUUGACACCUGGAACGUCUUUGUCAACGACACAAAUUCCGAGGUCAUCUCGAACUGCGACUUUCUGGGUCUAGAUGAGUACCCCUACUACCAGACUACCGACGAGAACUCCAUCGGCAAUUCUGGCGAACUCUUCUUCGAGGCCUAUGACAAGGUUGCUGCUGUUGCUGGAGGCAAACCCAUUUGGAUCACCGAGUCUGGCUGGCCCACCUCUGGUCCCACCUCCAACUUGGCCGUCGCCAGUGUUGACAACGCCGAGGCCUUCUGGCAGGAUGUUGCAUGUGAGCUCGAGCACCGUGACAUUGACUUCUGGUGGUACAUCCUUGCCGACGCUGGCGCCUCUCCUUCUUUCGGCGUAAGCGAGAAUGGCAAGCCGCUCUACAAUCUUGCCUGCAAUUCCACAUCUGGUUUCCACACUAGCUCCACCUCCUCCUCAACAGCCUCCGCCACCGGAAACUCCAGUUCCACAGCCACUGCCAGUGGCUCGCACACUUCACACGCGUCAACGAACGGCGCGGGAACAACCACCGAGAGCGGUUCGGAAACCGCCUCUGCGACAGGUUCCGCAAGCACUAGCACCGUUGUCGAGACUGCCUCUGCAGGUGGCUCCGGCUCCGGCUCCGGCUCCAGCGGUUCCUCUGGCACAUCGGGCGGCACGCCAGCGCAGGCCACUGUCACGGCCUCUGCAACCUCUACCGGAGCAAAUUCUGCCUACACCGGCGCGGCGUCUAAGAUCGAGGGCUCGAUUGCAGGCCUUGUGAUUGUUGCUGGUGUGGCUGCGUUUGCUCUGUAG